AUCCCUUGAGUGCUGACAAAAUAUUCCUCCUCCGUUGGAUUCCAAGGAUCUCUGCAAAACCUUGCCUUCAUCAUCGAAGUCACCCCUUUUGGUCUGCAUAUGCUGACGUGGCAAAAUCGGGGGCGGCCAACCACUGCACAUCGUACGGAAAGAUCUAUGGGAGGCCCCACUCCAUUGGAAUAGAAAGGGAAGAGAAGAGAAGAGGAAGGAGAGCAGAGAGGUGAGGGGGCAUCGGAAAUGGAGGAGGGCCCACCAGCGAAUGACGUCUGCAGUGUAUGCCAUGGAGGCUUCAACAUCCCCUUUCAAGCCAAUUGCUCUCAUUGGUUCUGCGGGAAUUGUAUUCUACUUGUUUGGCAGCAUGGAUCAGCACUUCAGCCAUGCAAAUGCCCUCUAUGCCGUCGUCAGAUUACUUUGCUGGUUCCUGCUGGGGCUUCACAACGGCAGUGUAAUGAUCCUGAAGUUUCUGCGAUAGUAGGAAGGGUAGAACGAUAUAACCGUUUAUUUGGUAGAUGUGACAGUAGUCUCUUUCAGAGAAUGCGAGAUCUUCCUUUUCUCCUUCGGAGGUUGUUGCGAGAAUUGAUGGAUCCUCAAAGAUCUCUUCCUCUUCUCAUCAGGGCACGAGUUUAUUUUGCAAUGUUAACAAGUAUUAUCUACAUAGUCAGCCCUGUAGACAUUAUUCCAGAAGGGGUUGUGGGAAUCCUAGGUCUUUUGGAUGAUUUCAUUAUAGCAUUCAUCUGUUUCCUCCAUAUUGCUGCCAUUUAUCGGUCAGUACUUGUUCAUCGUCAUGGAGGUCCUUAAACCUUGCUGGAGCUAUAUACAUGUAGGAACCUCAUGAAAAGGAUCAUAUAAAUUUGAACGUGGAAAGUGGAACCAAGCGAACUGUUAUUUCUUCAUCCUGUCUGGACUCACAAUUUCGACAGAUGGACGGUGAAAAUGAGCUAAUACAUGUUCCAAGCGUAAUUCUCGUCAUGUUGCAGAGUUGUUAUUGUACCAAAUUGUUGCAUUAGAUUGAUGAAUACGAUGUUGAUAAGAUUAACAGAUAUGGUUUAUUCCCACACUUCAUGAAAUGUAAACUUCCACAAGCCUGCUUUCUAGUUGUUCAUUGGAAAAAAGAAUAAUAACUUGCCAGCGCAGGUGAGCUUUUGAAUUGAUACUUGCUUGAGGCAUGUGAGAUUUUUAACGAUCCUUUCAUAAACUGUUACUUCCCAUUU